AUGCGUUAUGUUCUUAUCUCCGCUGCUCUUGCGGCCACAGCUUCUGCCCAUGGAAUGGUUACCAGAAUCCAGGGUGCUAAUGGCGUCGUGAUGCCCGGCUUGUCAGUCGCCGAUGGCACUCCCCGCGACUGUUCCAGCAAUGGCUGCGGCUCACAAGCCGAUACAUCCAUCAUCCGAGACCGUGACAUGAACAGUGGCCGUGCCAGUCCCCUCGGACGCACCCAGGGUAACGGCCCUGUCGACGCCAGCGCCGUCAUCAGCAACUUCAUGGGCGGCAACGGCGCCAAGGUCCCGACCAACAAUGGCGCUUCUGGCUCCGUCGGCCAGGAAGAUGACCUCUCUCAGCUUCAGCAACGCCGGGACGAGUACAAGCGCCAAAUCGGCCAGCUCUUCGGUAAUCUUCUUGGAGGAGGAGGCGGUGGCAAGGGUAAUGGCGGAGGCGGUGGUGGUCUGGGCGGUUUGCUAGGCGGUGCUGCUGGAGCAGGUGGCAAGAAGAACAAUGCUGGCCCCGAAAGCAUGGUUGCUGAUACCGCCGGCAUGGGGGCAGCGCAGGGUCUUCCCACUGCUGAUGAGAACGGUGAAGUGUCCAUGGUGUUUCGACAGAUCAACCAAGACGGUGCUGGUCCUCUUACGGCCGCCAUCGAUCCCAAGUCCGGCGGCACAGAUGCAAACGCCUUCCAGAACGCAGAGGUCUCUCAAAAUGUCCCUGGCCUCGGCAUCGGAGGUCUCUCUCUCGCCACCAACACUGAUUUCCCACUCAAGGUUAAGAUGCCGCAGGGCAUGACUUGCGAUGGCAAGGUCGGCGGUGCUGAAAAUGUAUGCAUCGUUCGUGUUCGCAACGGCGCGGCUGCCGGUCCCUUUGGUGGCUCUGCUGCUUUCACUCAGAGCAAGGCUGCUCGUAAGCGUGCGGUUGCUUACCGUCUUAAGAAACGAAUGGAAAUCAACCGCGAGUAG